GCGUCCGGUCAAACACAAGAUCGAGAUAAUAGAAGGGAGUGUUCCUCCGAAGGGCUGCAUCUACCGUAUGGGACAAGGCGAGUUGGAGGAGCUGCGGAGACAAAUUGAUGACAUGAUUGUUCGUGGAUGGAUUAGGCCUAGUGAGUCUGAAUUUGGACCUGUCUUGUUUGUGCCGAAGAAGGGAGGCAAACUCCGGAUGUGCAUUGAUUAUCGUGGCUUGAAUCGGAUCACAAGGAAGAAUGCUUACCCUUUGCCUCAUAUAGAUGAUCUGUUAGAUGCGGCCGGUGGUUGCAAGGUCUUCUCCAAGAUUGACCUCAAGUCUGGCUACCACCAGAUUGAAGUCGAUCCGAGCGACCAGCACAAAACCGCAUUCAAGACACGCGACGGGCUGUACGAGUUCAUCGUUAUGCCCUUCGGUCUUACGAAUGCACCAGCCGCAUUUCAGUGCCUCAUGGACAAGGUACUCCGCCAUCAACUCAACAGGUUCGUGGUUGUGUACCUUGAUGACAUUCCGAUUUUCAGCAAAUCCAUGGAUGAGCACGUCAAGCAUCUUGAGGAAGUUUUGCAAGUCCUCAAAGACGCUCAACUACACCUCAACCUGGAGAAAUCUGAGUUUGGCAGGGACAGUGUCAUCUAUCUUGGGCGUCGGUUGUCUGCAAACGGCCUUGAGCCGGAGGCAACCAAGUUUGAGGUCAUUCGAAACUGGCCUCAACCAGCAAAUGUACGCGAACUGCGUUCUUUCCUUGGUUUGGCCUCGUAUUACCGGAAGUUUGUGCCCAAAUUCUCUGUCAUUGCUCAUCCUCUCUCAAGACUAACCAACACGAAUGUUGCCUGUGCAUGGUGUGAGAAGUGUGAGUCUGCGGGCCAAGCUUUGAAAGAGGCAUUGGUGAGUCAUCCUGUGCUUCGUAUUGCAGAUCCCAACCUCACGUUCGUAGUCACUACGGAUGCGAGCCAGUUCGGGAUUGGUGCAGUGCUGCAACAAGAUGAUGGUGAUGGUCUGCGUCCGCUCGAGUAUUACAGCAAACGCAUGCCCAGCCACAAGGUAGCUACUUCCACGAAACUGAAGGAGGAUCUGGCCGAACACACCACCAAGGAUCCGGACCUUAGUCGCAUCCUUGAGCAGCUCAAGGCUGACCUUAACAGUCAGCCUGAUUUUCAUGAGUGCGAGGGUCUUGUAUUCCGCCGGUAUGGGAAGUUUGAUCGCUUGUGUGUACCCAACCAUGCGCCUCUCCGAACGCAUUUCUUGGAUCUGGCACAUGGUCGGAGUGGACAUUUUGGCUUUGAGAAGACUUAUGGAAGUCUUCUGCAGCAGUUUGACUGGCCAGGGAUGAAAGGAUCUGCUCAGAAAUUUAUCGCUGAAUGUCAGUAUGGAUGGCCGAUGCGCAAUCCCCUCUCCUAUCUGUUCCCCGAACGGUCACAUGGUCUGAUGCUCGGCAUGCUUGGCUACAAUGCCAUGUACGCAAGCUUGCUCAAAACUGUGAUUGCAGCCAUGAACAAGCGCCAUCAUGCCAUGAUCAAACAUGCUAACAAGAUGCGCAAAGAAGAGAAAUUCAAAGUAGGGGAUUAUGUUUGGGUCAAAAUGUCUGAGUUCUCUGACGAAGAGGGCGUAUCACGAAAGCUCCUUCCUUUGUACUAUGGCCCUUGGCAGAUUCUGAAGGUGAUUGGGGAUGAUUUUGGCCCGUCAUUUGUGAUUGACGUGCCUCCUCAUCUGUGCACGUAUCCAGUUUUUCAUGCGUCCAAACUGUUUCCGCACAUUGAUGAUGAGACUUUUCCCUUCCGAGAUCCUAUGAUACCUCGCCCUAUCGACGGCGGCCAUGAGAUAGACAGAAUCGUAUCUCACGAGGGCAGAGGGAGCAACAAACAGUACAAGGUUCACUUCCUCUAUCACCCAUUGACUGAAUUUUUCUGGAUCGACAGGAAAGAGCUGCUAAAGAAUGCCCCCCGUGUUGUGAACGCUUACGAAAGACAGAUCGCAGAGGGACAGACUGCUAAGUUCGUUGCAACAAUGAAUCCUCAUGGAUUGACUAAGUCUCUCUUUCUGAUGUACUCCUACGACGCAUUCUGUGCCAACUCUGACUGAGUUACUCGCUCGAAGGGACCUCGCUCUCGAGAGGGGAGUAAUGUAAUGACCCGCCAAAAACACAGAC